AUGGGGAUAGCAGUUUUAAAUGGUCAGAGAAAACAGAAAAGACAAGCAGGUGGCUUUUUGUUCAGUAGUCUGAACUUUGGUGAUCCAAACAGAAGAAAGAAAUCUCUUGUUGGCUCACUCCUUAACACUGGAUUUAAUGCUCCAGGAGGGGCUGAAGAUGGGUCGAGGAAACAUCGAGAUACUGAUAGUUUAGUGUUAAAAGACACUCCAGCAGAGAAAACCAAGUUAGCAAGUGGUUUUGCCAACAGUAUAUGUGGUGGUAUUAAAUUUGGUGGCACUGCUUUAGAUCAAAAUGAAGUUGGUAGGGGUCCAUCUGGCCAAAGUGGAUUUGAUGUGAAUGUGGUAAAUGGAUUGGCUGGCUCUAAUUCUGCUGCCAGUGAAACAGCAGAUAAUACCAACCCAAGAAAUAGGGCUGGAUUUAGUAGCAGUGUCUCUGGAAAUUUGGGAUUUGGUUUGGGGGCAUCUGAUCAAAAGGGAUUGGGCAUUGGUAGAGCUGACCAGAGUGAAAUGAGCAGCAGAGGAUCUGCCAGGGGUGAAUCAAUGGGUUUCAGUUUUGAUGCCCAUAGCUCAGUUGGAACUGGGUCUUUUGGUUGGGAACUUGGAAAACAGAAGGGCAAUGCUGCAUUUGGUUUUGGAGCUUCUGGUUCGAGUUCAUUUGGUGGCAGUGGCAUUAAUGGCAAAAUAAAAAUUGAAGGAAAUCAAAUGGGUAGUUCUGAAGGACCCAUUCCCAAUGAUCUAGAUGAUACUGGUUUGAGAAAUCGGAAUACAUUUGUUGGUGACAGCCCUGGAAAAUCAGAAACCAAUGUAGGGGUUUCUGGUCAACAGGGAUUUAGAAUCAAUGAAAUUGUAGGGACUAAAAUGAGUGGCAGUGGAUCUGCCCGGGCUAGAUUCAAAGGCCUUGGAUCUGAUGCCGGCACCACCAGUGCAAGAAUUGGGAAUAAUUUUGUUGAUGGCAUAUCAGAAAAUUUGAGAUAUGGUUUUGAGAAAUUUGGUCAAAAGGGAUUUGAAAGCAGUGGAUCUGAUUGGAGUGAUAAGAGCAGCAGGGAAUCUGAUGCCAGUGGCUCAGUGGGUAAGUCCUCAUCACUUGAUUUGAGAUAUGGAGAAAGGAAACGUGAAGCUAAAUUUGAUUUUGGAGAUUCUGGUUCAAAUCGAUUUGAUGACAUUGGCCUUAGUGAAAAUAGGGAAGGACUUGGUUUUCUAAUUUUGAAAAUGGAGAAGAAGGGUGAAACUCAAAUCGGUUUUGGAGAUUCUGGUUCAAAUCCAAUGGCCAUAGUGGUGACCCAAGUGCAAGAAAUGGGGAUGGAUGUUCUGGUUGGUACCUCUGAAGAUUCAGGAUUAAAUUUGGGGUCAUCUGAUCAGCAGGGAUUUGGAAUCAGUGGAAUUGGAGAAAACACUUGGUCUUCCAGUUCUGGAAGUGGUAGAGGAAGGAAGGGUGCAGCUGGACUUACUUGGUGGGGUGCUUCUGGACCAAACGAAUUUGGUGAAACUGGCCUUAGUGGUACAGGUGAAGCUACUACUUGGGGCAAAGGAACAUAUAAAGCUUUCAAUGGUCGCAUCUUUUCCUUUGAGUCUUCCUGCACAUACAGUUUCUGCCAUCAUUGCAUUGAAUCUGGAGGAGAUUUCAAUAUUGAGAUCAAACGAAGGAAUAAUAGUGACUUUGAAAAAAUAGCAGUUAAAAUCGACAAUAAUGAGGUCUCUAUUUUUGGUGAUCGCAUUCUAGUUAAUGAAGAAAGAGUACAGAUACCAUAUGACAAUAAAUUGAUACACAUUAAAAAAUAUGGAGAACAUUAUGUCCUGAAAAGCCGUAGAGGAAUCCUGUCUUUGAUGUGGGACAAAAAUAAGCUCUCACUUGCUCUUCACAAGCAAUAUCCAACUUGUGGUCUUUGUGGUAACUUCAACAGCACUCCAGGAGACAAUAUCAAUGAACACAUUGCCAAUAGUAAAAUUCCUGGUGAUUGUCCCAAAGCUUUUAGUAAAAGCUAUGAAGUCUGUGAAGAUGGCAUAGAGUACUGUGACAAAAUUAUUGGAACUUACUUUGAGAAAUGUAGAAAGGUUGCCGCUUUUUCCAAUGACUACAGAAUGAUCUGUGUUAAUGAUUACUGUGAAAAUAGAGACAAAAAUUCUACGUGUGACACUUAUUCAGAAUUGUCCCGCCUCUGUGCCUCAGACGGUCCCAGCAUCUAUGAAUCCUGGCGAGAUGAUUCUGAUGUGACUUGUGGAGAACCUAGAUGCCCAGAAAAACAUAUCUACAAAGAAUGUGGUCCCUCAAAUCCUGCAACUUGUUCUAAUGUGGCUCCUUUUCAAGAGAGUGAAUGUGUGAAUGGCUGCGUCUGCCCAGAAGGUUACCUAUUAGAUGAUAUUGGAGAAAAAGGGGAAUGUGUAUUAAAGACCGAAUGUCCCUGUAAUUUACAUGGAAAGAUCUAUAAGUCAGGGGAAGUCCGAAGAGGUCCUUGUGGUUCUCAGUGCACAUGCCAAAAUGCAAAAUGGUCUUGCACUGAAGCAUUAUGUCCCGGAAGAUGUAAGGUAGAAGGAAAUUCAAUCACCACCUUUGAUGGUAUUAAAUACCACCAUCCUGGAAACUGUCACUUCUUGGCCACCCACCAUAAAGAUUGGUCUAUUAGUGUUGAACUUCGUCCAUGUCCAAGUGGCCAGUCAGGAACGUGCUUAAACAGUGUUACACUCCUCUUAAAUUUGCCUAUUUCAGGUAACAAAUAUGUAUUCAACAGAAAUGGAACAGUCACAAACAAUGGGAUUGAAUACAUAAAUCAAAGUUAUGAUGAUUCAGUAUAUGUCUUCCAAGCAUCUUCCUCAUACCUUCAAGUAGAAACAAACUUUGGUGUAAAAAUGCAAAUACAAAUUGCUCCUACAAUGCAGUUAUAUGUUUCAGUGCCACCCAACAAUUUCACGGAUACCGUAGGACUUUGUGGUUCCUUCAACAACAGAGUAGAGGAUGAUUUAAUGUCAAGUCAGAAUAUAUUGGAGAAGACGCCUCAGGCAUUUGCUGAUUCUUGGGAAAUGAUGCCCUGUCCUAAAGGAAAACCCGCUUCAUGCAUCAGUAUAGAAAAAGAAAAUUUUGCCGAAAAGCAUUGUGGAAUUUUUCUUGAUUCAGAUGGGCCUUUUGCUUCCUGCCAUCCAAUUGUGAACGCUAAACCAUAUUAUGAGGAAUGCAAAAGAUACACUUGUACUUGUGAAAACAGUGAAGAUUGCUUGUGCACGGUUUUUGGCAACUAUGUGAAAGCGUGUGCUGAGAAAGAAGUAUACAUGGUGGGAUGGAGAACCGGACUAUGUGAUUCCUCUUGUCCAAGUGACCUCGUUUUCAAGUACAAUAUAAAAAGCUGCAAUAAAACUUGUCGAUUAUUGUCAGAGAGAUAUAGGAGCUGUGAUAUAGAAGAUGUUCCAUUUGAUGGAUGCACUUGCCCUGAUGGAAUGUACCAGAAUAAUGAAGGGAAUUGUGUUCUAAAAUCUCAGUGUGACUGCUACAUAAAUGGCAAGGUCAUGCAACCAGGCAAACUCAUCAAUAUUAAUAACAACAAAUGUGUCUGUCGGGAUGGAAAUUUUCUUUGCCAGACUCCCAUUAGUUCAACCCAACAGAAUUGUUCUGGAGGGGCCGAAUAUGUUGACUGCAGGGGCCCGAGGGCACGGAGAAGAGUUGACGGUAAAUGUGGUGCUUGGAACAUGGCCGGUUUUGAUGAGAACUUGCCUUGCAAAGCUGGGUGCUACUGUCCAGUAGGCAUGGUUCGAAAUUCUAAAGGGAACUGUGUGUUUCCCGAAGACUGCCCAUGUUCUUUUGGUGGAUGGGAGUAUGAGCAAGGAAGUGUUACCUCGGUUGGCUGCAACAACUGUACUUGCGUAAAAGGAUCUUGGAGCUGUACACAAAAUAAAUGUCAAACUGUCUGCCACAUCUAUGGGGAAGGUCAUGUUAGAACUUUUGAUGGAAAAAGUUACAGCUUUGAUGGUCUCUGCCAAUAUUCAUUUGUUGAGGAUUAUUGUGGUCGUGAAAGUGGCACAUUCCGUAUUUUAACUGAAAGUGUCCCAUGCUGUGAAGAUGGGCUUACAUGCUCAAGAAAAAUCAUAGUUGCUUUUCAGGAUCAGAAUGUUGUCUUGCAUGAUGGUAAAGUGACAGCCUCCAAAAUUACAGAAAGUAAAGACUGUGGACUCAGUGAAAAUACAUACUCUGUACAUACCGUUGGCCUGUACUUGAUUCUGAAAUUUCUAAAUGGGAUAACCAUAAUUUGGGACAAGAAUACGAGAGUUUCAGCUAUAUUGGAUCCUCGCUGGAAUGGCAAAGUGUGUGGUCUUUGUGGAAAUAACAAUGGUGAUCUCAAGGAUGAUUUCAUAACAAGACAUUCAUCAGAAGCUGUUGGAGCACUGGAAUUUGGAAAUAGUUGGAAAACGAGUCAAAAAUGUGCAGACACAGUAGCACAAAAUUUCCCAUGUGACUCAAACCCAUACUGUAAAGCGUGGGCUGUGCAAAAAUGUGGGAUCAUCCAGGACAGCAUCUUCAAAGAAUGCCACCACAAGGUGGACCCCGAAGCUUACACAGAAGCAUGCAUUGAAGAAGCUUGCUCAUGUGACAUGGAGGGGAAGUAUUUGGGAUUCUGCACGGCUGUGGCCAUGUACGCGGAGGCAUGCAGUGCAGUUGGAGUCUGUGUCACAUGGAGAAAACCAGAUCUCUGUCCUGUCUUCUGUGAUUAUUAUAAUGGACCCGGGGAAUGCAGUUGGCACUAUGAACCUUGUGGUACAGUGACUACAAAAACAUGCAGAGAUCGAGUUAUUGGCCAGAAAUUUUCUGCAGUUUUAGAAGGUUGUUAUGCUAAGUGCCCGGAUAGUGCUCCUUAUCUGGAUGAGAACCUCAUGAAAUGCGUCCGUUUAUCUGAGUGCAGCUGUUUCUAUAAUGAUAUCAUACCAGCAGGUGGAGUGAUUCAGGAUAACUGUGGAAGAACAUGCUAUUGCAUCGCAGGAGAGUUGGAGUGCGGUAUUUCUUCUACAACAGUUACCUCCAUAUUAGGCACUGAAGCAGGAACAGCUGGUGGUCUUGAGACUGAAGCUUUCAGUACAGGUGCUGCUGGAGGUCCAGUUUCCACGACCCUGUAUGCUGGCAGCAUAGGCAGCACCAGAAUGGGCCCCACCUUCACCAGCCCUGGGCGCGAAGCAGGUACGUUGAGUUCACAAUAA